AUGAACGGAACAACGAGGCUCCACGAGAUCCUCCCCGAGGCCGGCAAGAAGAACAUCCUCAUCACCUCCGCCCUGCCCUACGUGAAUAAUGUCCCCCACUUAGGAAACAUCAUCGGCUCCGUCUUGAGUGCCGACGUCUUCGCCCGCUACUGCAAAGCGCGCGGCCACCCGACCCUCUUCAUCUGCGGGACAGACGAGUAUGGGACAGCGACGGAAACGAAAGCGAUAGAGGAGAAAGUGACUCCCCAAGAGCUAUGUAACAAAUACAACAAGAUUCAUAAAGAGAUUUAUGACUGGUUUGAAAUCAGCUUCGAUCACUGGGGCCGCACACCAACGCCAGAGCAGACGGAGAUUGCACAGGAUAUUUUCUUGAAGCUGCACAAGAAUGGGUAUUUGGAGGAACGGACGACCACACAACCAUAUUGCGAGCACGCAGAGCAUCAGAACUACCUCGCGGAUAGAUUUGUAGAAGGGGAGUGUCCCAAAUGCGGGUAUAAUGAUGCCCGAGGAGACCAAUGCGACAAGUGCGGGCAGACGUACGAGGCGCUGGAGUUGAAGAACCCGCGGUCGGAUCAGGUGGCGCCGUGGAGUGAGAAGGCGAUGUCCGAAGGGAAAUGGAGCGAAAACGGAAAGAACAUUACGAAUUCGUGGAUUCGGGUCACUGGACUUGAGCCGAGAGGUAUCACACGAGACCUGAAAUGGGGCACGCCAGUACCAUUACCUGGAUAUGAAAAUAAAGUGUUGUACGUCUGGUUCGACGCCUGUAUCGGCUAUGUCUCGAUCACAGCAACGUAUACCAAGCAAUGGGAGAAGUGGUGGCGGGAUCCGGAGAACGUCUCGCUCUACCAAUUCAUGGGCAAGGAUAAUGUACCGUUCCACACGGUCGUAUUUCCCUGCUCUCAGCUAGGGACCGGGGACAAAUGGACGAUGCUGAACACCCUCUCCACAACCGAAUACCUCAACUACGAAGGCGGCAAGUUCAGCAAAUCCCGCAACAUCGGCGUCUUCGGCACCAACGCGCAGGAUACCGGUGUAGCGGCGGAUGUGUGGCGGUACUUCCUCCUGCUCCGGCGGCCAGAGACUAGCGACACAGAAUUCCAAUGGGACGGCUUCAUCUCAGCAAACAACAACGAACUCGUCGCCAACUUCGGCAAUUUCGUCAACCGCAUACUAAAAUACGUCAACAGCGCAAACUACAACAACAUCAUCCCCGCCGCACCACACCACUCACAACUCCCGGAAGCAGUAGCCCAGAGAUUACAACAACACAUCACCGAAGCAAACGACAUCCUAGCCCGAUAUAGGACCGAACUAGACGCGACCCAUCUCAAACAAGGUCUAGUCCUCGCACGAGAUUUAUCCAGCCUCGGCAACAAACUCCUGCAAGACAACCGCCUGGACAACUCCCUCCACACCACCGAACCCCUCCGCUGCGACGCCGUGGUGAACCUGGGCAUGAACCACAUCCACCUCCUCGCCUCCCUCCUAGCACCCUACCUCCCCUCCACCACCCGCUCCAUCCUCCGCCAACUCCGCACAUCCCUCCUCACCAUCCCAGCCGGGACAUGGACACCGGACUCCAUAAGCGGUGGGCAUGAGAUAGGCGCUGCCGAGCACUUGUUUACUAAUAUCCAAAAGGGAAAAGAACAAGAAUGGAAAGAGUUAUUUGGUGGGGAUGAGCUAAAGAAGGUCAAGGAGGCUGAGGCGGUCAAGAAGGUGGCGAGGAAGGCGGAGAAGGAGAGGAAGAAGGCGAGGAGGGCGGCGGAGAAGGAGGGGGGUGGAGAUGGAGAUGGGAAGGUGGGGACGAGUGUGGAGGGGGUUGAGAAGGAAGGGGAGGGGAAGGUGGAUGAGGGAGUUCGGGAGGUGACGGAGGGGGUGAAGGGGGUGAAGCUCGCGGCCACGAGUUGA